AUGGCUCCACGGAUCUUUGAGACGCACCACAGCUGUCAGUAUUUUGAGCAAGUAGCCGAAUCAAGAACAAGAUACGUCGAAAGGAUUUGUCGAGAGCACCAUACCAUUCUCAACAUGCAGAUAAGCGGUCCUUGUAAGGAAUGUAAGAAAUUGAAAAAUAUUAAGAAGAAUCGGUUUCAAAACAUCGAAUGUUGGGAUUCUACUAGGGUGUGUUUAAAAAAACAGGGAUCUAACUACAUCCAUGCGAACUAUGUUGAUGGUUUUGAACAAGCCCGGAAAUUCAUAGUGACCCAAGAACCGAUGGACAACACACUCGAGGACUACUGGAACAUGGUUUGGCAGACUAGUACUAGGGUUAUCGUGAUGUUGAAUGGUGCCGACGUACCUGCAGUGUCCACUGUAAGUGACUAUUCCGAAUUGGAAGGAUUUACGGUCACCGUAACAAGUAUCGCUUUGCAAAGUGAUUACGUUGAAAUGGUUAUGAAUGUAUUUAAUAUUAAAACCAUGCGAUCAAGAACUGUUCAUUGUUUCAAAUACCUGAGCUGGCCAAAAGAAAGUGUUGCUGACAUAUUGACGCUUAUCAAUUUCAUCAUAGUAGUGAAUGAAAGGCACCAGUAUCACAUUAAACUUGGCUUGAUAAGUCCGCCGGGUCCAAUAGUUGUCUACAGUACCACUGGCAUUGGGAGAGCUCCAACGUUUUGUGCCGUGGACAUCUGUAUGUUUCAAUUAGUAAACACAGCAACGGUAUCGAUACCAGCAGUUGUGUUCAACAUUAGACGACAGAGACGUUCAAGCUUCGAGUCUUUCGAACAUUAUGUUUUUAUCAAUAACUUGAUAGUUUAUUUUCUAGCAACUAUUCCACCGAAUUGUGAGUUAUCCAAACGAUUAUUCUGUCAUCGCUUAGGUGAAAGUGCGCGUUUUUUUUUAUCAAGUCCACCGACAGUCAAUAGAUUAAAUUGUUAA